AUGGGUUUGGAAAAGCCAGAUUCGGAUCAGCUUGUGGUUCCUGCAGAUGAAGAACACCCUGCCAAUUUGAUAUGCGAACUUUGUCGCAACUUUUACGGUAACGGAUGGGUCACUGGAACCGGCGGAGGCAUUUCAAUCAGAGACAGAAGCCGGAAUUUGAUCUUCCUUGCACCAAGUGGUGUUCAAAAGGAAAGAAUGAUGCCUCUCAAUAUCUUUGUGAUGGAUUUUAAGACCAAGGAAUACAUCAGAAGACCAUUGAAAUUGAAGCCUUCUUCGUGCACUCCUCUAUUCAUGGCAACAUAUAUCAUGCGAGAUACUGGUGCCUGUAUUCAUACCCACUCUCAGAAUGCGAUUAUGUGCACCUUGUUAUUUGAAGACGUGUUUGAGAUCUCCUGUAUUGAGCAGAUUAAGGCCAUUCCUAAGGUGACAGGAUCAGGCAAUUUACUUUACUCAGACAGACUUGUUAUUCCGAUUAUUGAGAAUACCGAAAAGGAGGAACAAUUGGAACCUUCUCUUCGUAAAGCCAUAUUAGAUUAUCCCGGAACUACUGCCAUUCUUGUUAGAAGGCACGGCAUCUACGUCUGGGGUGAAACUAUUUGGAAAGCCAAAAUCUACAACGAGGCUAUCGACUACUUACUCGAAUUAGCAGUGAAAAUGAAGCAGUUGGGAAUUCCUACGGUAAAGAGCUCAUAA